AUGAAACGAUUAUCUGAUGGAGCUGAGUGUGUAAUUAAACGUUGUCGUCGUGUUUCUUCUUUAUCAACAUCAGCUGAAAUCAAUGAACCUGAAGAAGAAACUAUUAUUAACGAACAGAUUAUUUCAUUAGACAGUGAAAAUAAUCAUAAUGAUGAUGAUGAUAUUAUUGAAAUAAUAUAUGAAAAUAAACAUAGUACAUGUGAACAAAUUGAUACUAGAAUUAUAAUGCUUUCUGAUUCUGAUUCAGAUGAUGAUCAAAUUAUUGAUAUAACUGAUAAUAAUAUUCUAUCAAUAACACCAAUAAUCAAUAUAUUAUUGUCAUCACCUCUUAAUGAUUUAGUCGGCAUUAUUGAAGAUAAUGAAAUAAAUAUUGAAAAUGUAUAUGAAGUAAUUGAUUUAACAGAUGAUGAAUCAAAUUCUACUGAUUGUUUAUCGAAUAAACUUGAACAUCAAUCAUCAAUUGAUAGUGAUCAAUGUCCAAUAUGUUUAGAAACUCUUACUGAUUUACAAUAUACAGGUGUUGAUUUAAUAAUUACACAAUGUAAUCAUAUUAUGUGUACAUUAUGUAGUCGUCAAUUAUUAGCUACAUCAUCUCAAUGUCCAUUAUGUCGAAAUCAGAUCACAUUAUAUAAUGAUGGUAAAGACGAGAAAAGUGCAACAAAACAUAAAGAGGAAAGUGAUGAUCAAGUAGCUGUAAUAAGGAAUUCAACAUUUUCUGUUAUGUCAAAAGUUAAAUUUGAUUUAGCAUCAGUUAUUACUGUUCAGCUAGCAGAUACAAGUAGUUUUCUCGAUAUAAAAACAAGAGAAGUUUUAUACAAUCCAAAGUUUGAAGACAUGUAUGCACCAGUAUUUAGUCCAACAAAUCCAAAUUUGACACAGCAACAACGUAGUUUUAAGAAUGUAUUAAAUGGGUACGCCGAAUCGACCACAUUAAGUGAUUUUCAAUUUGAAAAUCAACGACGAACAUUCGAUAGUUUUGGGUAUGCAGUAGAUCCAAGUGUUGAAGAAGAUGAUAUACCACAAAUGGCUCCAUUUGUCAAUGAAAUUAUUGUAUCGCGUCCAUCGGAAGAAGAACAAAAAGAAAUCGAUGAAUACUUAGCAAAAAAACCCAAAGCUAAACGACCUACAUUGGAAAAUCGUAAUGCUCUAGUAUCUCCUCGUGAUCCUGAAUCAACAACAUUGAAUGAAGAAUCUGAAGAUUCAUCGUCAACAAAAUUAGAGAUUAAAGACCCAUUUGAUUAUCAAGGAUUUUAUAAUGAACGUCGUUGUAUUCGAACAUAUGCUGGGCAUCGUCAAGCUGUACGUGAUGUUAAUUUUUAUAAUACAGGCACAGAAUUUCUUUCUGUUUCAUAUGAUAAUAUGGUCAAGUAUUCAAUGCGUAAAAUACCCUAUUGUGUAUCAUUUAAUUCAAGUGAACACAAACAACAUUUAUUUAUAUGUGGAAUGUCUGAUAAGAAAAUUUUUUGUGUAUCUGGUUAUGCAUGUAGUCUUGUUUUUUCACCUGAUAUGUCUUAUGUGAUAAAUGGUGAUGCUGAUGGACGUUUAAUCAUUUGGAAUUGGAAAACAACACGUAUUUUUGAACGAAUUAAAGCACAUGAUGAUAUAUGCAUUGAUGCUAAAUGGCAUUGGCACGAGAAAUCAAGAGUUCUUACAGCUGGAUAG